AUGUCGCUCCUCCGGCUUCCUACUCAUCUGCACGCGGAGAUCCCUUCUCUGUCAGAUGAGCAAACUGUGCAAGGAGAAAGAACUCUCUUUCGGGCCGCCCAAGAGGUCCUCGCACCAGCCCUCUGCUGUCCUCGCUCGGUUCUCUGGUGCUCGGCCAGGCGGAUCUGGGGCAUCCGCUCGAUCCUUCUCCCUGACGCCGCUCGAGCCGGAGCAGGGUUCGGCCAAUCCGCCUUCGGAACAGGAGCCAACUCCAUCCCUGCCACUCGCGCUUUCGGCCAAGCAGCACCAGCAGCUGCGUCGGCUUUCGGCGCCAGACCUGCUGCGUCAGCAUUCGGCUCCUCCGGAUUCGGCGGCGCCUCGACAACAGCGACGCCGGCCACAGGCUCAGCAUUCGGCGCAUCCGCCUUUGGCUCCAACUCCGCAUCCAACGGCCGUGCAGGCCCAGUGUCGGGAACGAACUCGGUUCCCCUCGCUGGUCCCAGCCGCUUCGGCGCCUCGGCAUUCGGGCAAUCCGCUACUAGCACACCAGCGGCGGGCUCUGCAUUCGGCUCGUCUGGUUUCGGUGCCGCAGCCAGACCAGCGGGAACGGCUGGCGGAUUCGGGGCAGCUGCGUCGACUACAGGGGCGGCUUUCGGUGCUGCCGCCAGCGCAACGGGCGGAGCUUUCGGAGGCUCGGCUUUCGGCGCCUCCACAACCACUCCAGCCGCUGGGUCAGCUUUCGGUCAAUCUGGAUUCGGACAAUCCUCCUCCCCAGCUCCGACGAGCGGAUUCGGUUCCACUCCGCCAACGGGUCCGUCCGGAUUCGGCCAGUCUGCUUUCGGCCACCCAUCGGCACCGACAGGCCCAGCAGCCGGGCGGAGCGCUUUCGGAUCGGCGUCGGCGUUCGGUUCAGGCUCAAACUCCACGCCUGUCGGAGGCGGCUCUAGCGUAGGGUCUGAGCAGUCCGCCUUCGGUACUGGCGGAAGCACGACGGGAUCGAGCGGGAGUUCCGCUACGGUCCGACCAGGCGGAUUCGGCGCGUCCGCCUUUGGGUCCAGUGCAGCACCCUCCGGCGGGUUCGGCGCAGCAGCUCAUUCGACCGCGGGAUCAGGGGCUGGAGCAUUCGGUGGCGGGGGAGCUGGAAGCGGCGGCGGGUUCGGCGCCUUUUCUGCCGCAAGAGCCCCGGGGAGCAGUUCCAACUCUGUGCCCCUGGGUAACGCGCGGACAUUUGGGCAGCCCGCUCAACCUGCUCAGGCGGGGUCUGGCUUCGGGUUGUCUGCAUUUGGGUCCAACUCCGGCUUUGGAGCAGCCGCCAACGCGCCUAGUCCGGCCGGCGGUUAG